CGGUGCCGUGUCCAAGCCGUAUUUCCCACCGCGCCGCUGAAGUGUGGUGAGGGCUCUGCCAAUCGCGGGCGGCCAGAGCGGGGCCGGGGAUGCGCGGAGUUAGGAGCGCAGACAAAAGAAGUUAAAGAGCCGCUUAAUAUAUACAUGUUUUUGAAGGCGGGUAGAGGGAAAAAAAUAACAACAGCGAGCGUAGAUGGGCUUGGCUGUGUCGUUAUGGAGCCCCCUUUGAGCAAGAGGAACCCGACACUGAGAUUAGCGGAUUUGGCAGCGGCUCAGCCCCAUCCUCACCAGAACAUGACAGGCUUCCCGGGGCUGGGGAACCACCACGUCCACCCCCACCACGCGGCCCACCUCCACCCCGGGGACGCGGGUGGCGACCCUGGCGGCGCCCUCACGCCGCUCGGACCCGAGCACAUGGCGCAGCCCGCCGCCCUCAAGCUCACGCCCGAGGCGCUCACCGCCGCAGCCGCUGCUUCGCCGCGCCCGCCGCCACCACCACCGCCGCCGCUGCCGCCGCCACCGCCGCCGCCGCCACCACCGCCGCCGCCUACGCCGCCCGCAGCCGCCCUCCCGGGCUACCCGUCGGGGGGGGCGGCAGGCCGGGACUUCCUCCUGCGGCGGGAGCUGCCCGCCGCCGCCGCCGCCGUGCAUGGGGCGCUGGGUGAACAGCACCCGCCCGCCAGCUCCCCCCACCUCCCGCACCCGCCGCCCCACGGCGUCUUCAUCUCGGCCGCCGGCACUUACGGGACGGCCGACGGGACGCACGCCGCAUUCCCGCCGCCGCCGCCAGGCGAGCAGGGCGCGCCCCCCGGCCGCCAUCCGCCGCUCAACGGGCAGAUGCGCUUGGGGAUGGCGGCCGCCGCCGGGGAGCUCUACGGACGCGCCGAGGCGCACUACGGGGCCGCUGCCGCCGCCGCCUCCUCCUCGGCGUUGCAAGGUUACGGCUCCGUCAACCUCAACCUGGCAGCGGCGGCGGCGGCCGGCCACGGGCACCCGCACCACCCCCACCACCACCACCAUCAUCACCACCACCACCAUGCCCACGUCGGGGCGGCGGCGGCCGCGGCCGGAGCUUUCUUGCGGUACAUGCGGCAGCCCAUCAAGCAAGAGCUGAUCUGCAAGUGGAUCGACCGAGAGCCUCCUCCUCCGCCUCCUCCUCCGCCACCGGGCGCUAGGAAGCCUUGCUCCAAAACUUUCAGCACGAUGCAGGAGCUGGUGAGCCAUGUCACCGUGGAGCACGUCGGCGGGCCCGAGCAGAGCAGCCACGUGUGCUACUGGGAGGAGUGUCCCCGCGAAGGCAAGCCCUUCAAAGCGAAAUACAAACUCAUCAACCACAUCCGAGUGCACACGGGAGAAAAGCCCUUCCCCUGCCCCUUCCCCGGCUGCGGGAAGGUCUUCGCUCGCUCCGAAAACCUCAAGAUCCACAAGCGGACUCAUACAGGGGAGAAGCCCUUCAAGUGCGAGUUCGACGGCUGCGAGAGGAAGUUUGCCAACAGCAGCGACCGCAAGAAGCACUCCCAUGUCCACACCUCCGACAAGCCCUACUACUGCAAGAUCCGCGGCUGCGACAAGUCCUACACGCACCCCAGCUCCUUGCGGAAGCACAUGAAGAUCCACUGCAAGUCUCCGCCGCCCUCCCCGCCGCCGGGCUCCCAGGCCUACGCGGCGGCGGGGCCCCCCGACGGGCCACUGCCCUCCGAGGCCGACCCGGCCGCCGAGCCGCCCCGCGGCCGCGCUGCCGCCCUCUCCCCGCCGGUCACCAACCUCAGCGAGUGGUACGUCUGCCAAGCCGGGGGGGCUCCCCGCCGGCCCCGCACCCCCUCCAGCCGCGACACGUCCCCGGCCUCCGAGGGGGAUGAGCCCCACAGGACCUCGAGGGGCAGAACCGCUCCCUAGGGCCGUGCCGUGCCGCCGGCGGCCCCGGCCCCGCCGCGCUGGCCCAGGCUGCAGCAGCAGCCGCCUGGCACAGGGGGCUGGCUUGGAAGUGCCAUCAGGUUUUACUUGCGCUAUUUAUUCCGUGUACGAAACCCUAUGGUGUUUGUACGGUAACUAAUUUAAUUAAAGAGACUCGGAACUUUUUUUUUAUUCUUUUCUUUUUGUAAGAAAAAACAUUAAUAACUCCAAGCUGGGCCAUCUCAGCAACCCAAGCAGCACACUUUGCAGGAGGAGGGUGCCAAGAGAGAUGCCCGGCUCCCACCCUGCCCAUGCCGCACUGCUCUUAACAAGAGAGAGAGCCGGGAGAAGGCCGUGAGCUGGCAGAGCCCUCACGUUUCCUGGAGCAGCUCUUAAAUACUUCAGCUGCCACCCCAGCGCCUCCCCUUCAGCCUGGGUAAAGCCCCAGGUUUUCAGUGGCCUCCUAAUGGUAAAGCAGCACCUGCUGAAGCUCCAGCCAGUGGAGGACAGGUUAUGAAUCCUAUAAAAUCAAAUAAAUUCCCCCCCACACACACCCUUGCAAUUCAGCUCCUUUGUAAACGUUGGUUUAUCUCCCGAGUCGUGGGGUCCACCUGCACCCGGCAUUUUCUCUCCAGCCCUUUUUCUUUCUCCCUUAGCCGGAACCAUGUGUAAACGAUUUAGGGAAGGAAAGACAAAAGAUGCAGCACUGCCUUACCAUUCCUCCGUGGCUUGUACGGGUAUGGCUCCUAAAACGUAGCCAGAGAAUAAAAGAAACCCGCUGCUAUUUGACAACUGCGAUACUGUGAUAUAUUUUGUUGGUUUUGUUGUUUUGUUUUGUUUUGUUUUUCCUAAAAAAACACGCACGAAAACUGACAGUGAUUUUCCAUUUUCUUGGGGUUGGUAUUAUUAUUACUCUCUUUGUUAUUAUAUUUUUUUAAGUUCUCCUCACAGAGGAUGUAAACCUAACCCUCUUGCGUCCUCCAGCCACGUGUACAGCCAAUUCGUGGAUUGGGGGAAAAGCCCCCUGGGCCCGGCGAGCGCCCCAGGGGAGAGAAGCGCGGGGCUGAGGGGGUUACUUUUAUUAUUGUUAUUUUAUACACAAGUAAAUUUUUUUUAAGUUUAUUUGCUCCCUUCAGCCGAGCCGGUGCCUGUGCGCCCUCUUCCAUUUCACCACCCCCCUGCAGUGGCCGGGCAGAGUCACCUGGGAGGAGGGGACCAGAGCUCCUGGGAAAAAGAGGGGGGCAGCGGAGAGGGCUGGAGUUGGGGUGCCUGCUCCCCCGCCCUCCAGGCUGCCCAGCCCAGCGGCCGAAGGGCUGUGGGUUAGUGGGGGACCUCGGCCCCUCUCCCUUCCGUCAGGAGCGGGGUGCGAAUAAACUAAAGAGCACUAAUUCCUCCUCAGAGACCCCGAGAGGAGAAGCGGUAGCCUCCCUCCCCUCCCCCAGGGCUUGUGGAAAUGUGUUUUGUGUGCCGUGAAUGGUGGAUGUCGUCUUGUCAUUGUUAAUAACGUGUAUGUGAACGCGAUUAUUUUGUACAGUCGAAUUAAUUUAUUUUCUGACAUCAACCUUUUUUUUUUUCCCCCUUUUUUUUCUUGGAAGAGUACAGAGCACACCAAAGAAUUCUCUUAUUAAUUUUGGUGAUAGAUCGUUGUUUAUGAUGCUGUGGUUUGUACAAAAAAAAAAAUCGUUAUAUUUUUCAGCUUACUUGAAUGAACGAUGUAAUGUGAAACAGACUCUUCCUGCAUGUCCUCCGUGCGGUGUGUUGGUGCUGAUAUAUAUAUAUAUAUAGUUCAUAGAGAUAUUAUAUUAUUAGUACAGUGCAUGGUGCUGUCACUCUGGAAGCCUUUAAACGUUGUCUUCAUAUUGUUGUGUUGGAUCUGAAGAAGCAGACGUUACUUUAAAAACAAACAGAAAACUUGAAUAGAAAAUAAUUUUUUAAAGUUCAUUCGAUUUGCUUUUUAUUCGUUUUUCAAAGCCCAUUUGAAUAAAUAGAAAAAUAAUAAAGUAAGAUAUGGACUUUUAAAAUAAUAAUUUAUGUAAUGUAAUCUUAUUAGAGAUAUUUUGGUGCUGAUUUAGAAACGAACUUUUUAAUUUAUGCAUUUUUUUCAACAACAGAUUGCACUAUACAGUACUACAUGGCAGGGUUUAUAAACUAUGGCUCGGGGGGAUAUAUCACUAUUUUUAUGUACUUGCUACACGUAGGGUCACACACUUGCCCAUCAAUUUUAUGACACAUGAUACCUCCUAAAUAAAAUAAUACUAAUUUCAAUUUUUCAUCUCUGUAAACCCCAUAAAAGCAAACAAAAAAAUAUCAUGCAAAUCAAUAAAAAAAUGUUAUUUCUAUGUA